UCUUUCACUUUUUCAACCUCACCCUUAUCUAUCAUAUCUCUUCUUCCUCAUUUUUUUUCUACUACUAUAUACUAUAUACCCUUCUCUGACAUACCCUAUUAUUUUGGAUCUUUGAUCAUUUAUUUUCUAUUCUAUUUUAUUUAAUACUUAUUUUUGUUUUUUGUUUGUUGUUAAGUGUUUCUUAACAUGUGAGGUUUUAUUCUUUGCCCCCUAAAAUAAAGCAAAUUUUUAUUUCAUUCUCUUUUUUUAAUCAUCCAUGACCGUGUUUUUUGGGAUAACUUUGUGUGUGUAUUUUCGGAAAGUUGCAUAAAGUUGAGUUUUUUUUCUUAGAGAUUAAUUAUAGUAAGUAUUUAUUCAAUUUAUUCAAGGUUUUUUUGAAAAGAGUAUGGUUAGUUUUUUUUUGGUGAGUGUUGUUGAGUGCUAGGUGUUUGAUAUAUUGUUUCAGAGAAGAAACUGAAAAUGGGAUCUGGUAAUGAAGUUCAUUCUGUUGGUGAGUUUAGUUUAGAUGCUAAGUGGAUUAUAGAUCCUAAACAGUUGUUUGUUGGUCCUAAAAUUGGAGAAGGUGCUCAUGCUAAAGUCUAUGAAGGAAAAUAUAAAAAUCAAAAUAUUGCAGUUAAAAUUAUCAACAAGGGAGAAACUCCAGAAGAGAUUUCAAGGAGAGAGGCUCGGUUUGGCAGAGAGGUUGCUAUGUUGUCGAAAGUUCAACACAAAAAUUUAGUCAGGUUUAUUGGGGCCUGCAAAGAACCUGUGAUGGUUAUAGUAACUGAACUUCUAUUAGGUGGAACAUUGCGUAAAUAUCUCUUGAGUAUGCGACCAACAUGUUUGGAUAUGCGUGUAGCUGUUGGAUUUGCUCUUGAUAUUGCACGGGCAAUGGAAUGCUUACACUCACAUGGGAUCAUUCACCGCGACCUUAAGCCCGAUAACUUGAUCUUGACCGGAGAUCACAGGACAGUAAAACUUGCUGAUUUCGGACUAGCCAGAGAGGAGUCCUUAACAGAGAUGAUGACUGCUGAAACAGGAACAUAUCGUUGGAUGGCUCCAGAACUUUACAGCACCGUUACUCUAAGACAAGGUGAGAAGAAGCAUUACAAUCAUAAAGUGGAUGCCUACAGCUUUGCAAUUGUGUUGUGGGAGCUCAUCCAUAACAAGUUACCCUUUGAAGGCAUGUCUAACCUACAAGCAGCAUAUGCAGCUGCUUUUAAGAAUACAAGACCUAGUGCUGAAGAUCUACCAGAGGAUUUAGCUAUGAUUGUAACAUCAUGCUGGAAAGAGGAUCCAAAUGAUCGACCUAAUUUCAGUCAAAUCAUACAGAUGCUCCUUCGGUAUCUCUCUACCAUUUCACCAUCAGAACCAGUUGCUCCGAUGCGGAUGACUUCAUCCGAUAAUAUCGUAUUGCCACCAGAAUCUCCUGGUACAAGUGCAUUGAUGUUUCGACGAGACGACCCUGGUGAAACCCCGAAAGCCAAUGUAGAAGACAGGUCGAAAGGGUAUUUUUUCUGCUUCAAUAGGUGUUACUGAUACCUCAAGAUCACAAAUAGGAAAACUAAAUAAAACCACAUCCACCAAUUGUAACAAAGUAGAAGAAACUCAAUAAGAAAAUGUUGACUAUUAGCAACUCAGAAGGCACCUUCAUUCUCAGCAAGAGUGACAAGUUCUUUUAACAUUAUGAUGUUGACUUUCAUUUUUAUUUGAUUUGAUGUAUGCUCUAGAGAAUUUUGGGGUUAAGGUUGCUGAGAUGUAAAUAGUUCUGUAAAAUAAGGUUCGUCCAAAAGCCUUCAUCUCUUGUUUAUAUAUAUGUGCCAUGGAUAAUAAAAGGGGAAGUGUUUGUAUUGGCA